AUGAAGAACGGCAAGUAUUCUUGCAACAUGAGUUUCGAAACCCUAGAAUGGAUCACCGCCAUUAUUGAUUUCCUUAAACCUUUUUCAUUCCUAAUCAAUGCUCACGUUGUCAAUUUCUUCAAGGAUAAGCAAUGGGAAGCUGUUGAUCAGGAAUGGAUGAGUUGCUUAAGAAAUGAGAAGCUGGAGAAUAUUCUUCUUAUUCCGUCCGGUUGUGUCCAGGAUCACUGGCCUGCUUCAUUCAAGGAAUUUGUUCACACGCUGAAGUCUCUAUCGUUUCCUAGAGAGCAAGCGGAUUUACAAGCGAUACUCGCAGAUGUGGAUAUGGCACCGCUUAGCACCGUUCUUUCACAGGGCAUGAAUAUAAAGAAAAAACAUGAGGUUGAAGUUCUUUCCUCUGUUGUUAGCUCAGUUGUUCACAGUGUUGGAAAUCCUACUGUUGUGGAUGUCGGUGCUGGCCAGGGUUAUCUAGCGCAGGUGCUAUCUUUCCAAUAUAAGCACUCAGUGGUUGCAAUUGAUUCUUCCUCUCAUCAUGGAAAGGUAACAGAUGCACGUGCAGCACGUAUCAGAAAACAUUUUGCAGCACAGAUGCGUAAAUCUGGUUCAGGAAACAAGUGCCCAGAUGUUCCAGUGACGAUUACAUGCCGUGUAUUAUCCACAGAGAUGUUGAAAGCCUUGACCAAUGUUCCUCUGGAGAAAAAUGACUUGGAUUUAAAUGCAAGUGCAUUGAAUGAAGGUCCCAGGAGAUCACAAUCAUCAAGUGAUGGAAACCGUUCUUCUUCACUUGUUCUUGCUGGCCUUCAUGCAUGCGGGGAUCUAUCUGUUACGAUGCUAAGGACUUUUUUGGAGUGCGAAGAAGUUAAAGCAGUAGUAAGCAUUGGCUGCUGUUACAACUUAUUAUCUGAAAAAAGUAGUGAGAAUUCUUGUUCUCAAUGUGCUUUUCCGAUGAGCGCUGGUCUCAGAUCCUUGGGAUUUUCACUUGGCAAAAAUGCGCGUGAUCUAGCUUGUCAGAGUGCUGAGAGAUGGAGCAGCUUAGGAGAAGAUGCUGGUCUGCAGAAUUUUGAGUUGCAUUCUUUUCGUGCUGCUUUCCAAAUGGUUCUGUCAAAACAUUAUCCAGAGGUUUUGGCGACAAGUCCGACCAUUGGGCGCCAAGGGAAGGCAUUCCGUCGUCAACAGCAAAGAAAAUCCCUCGGAACUCAAGCAGCAGUAGAUACAACUAGGAAAGACACCGAUGACAAUAAACCCAUGAAGCAGACAAACUCGAAUUCCGACACUUGUUCUUCUUUCAAGAAGUUUUGCCUGUCAGCGUUUUCCCGCCUGAAUCUAGAACAUCCUCAAGAUCUCGACCUGGGAGCCACAUGGAAUGAAGCUGAUGCAUUCACUGAACUGAUAGGGCCUUACUGGUCUAUCCGAGCUGCAUUAGGACCAGUGCUUGAGACAUUGAUCUUGCUAGAUAGACUUAUGUUUCUCCAAGAACAAGGCGACUCCAUUGAAGUUGUUAUGAUUCCCAUCUUCGAUCCCAUCAUCUCACCUCGGAAUGUUGCCAUUAUUGCUAAAAGGCUUUGA